CACAUAAAACACCUAGAGUGGGAGUAAAAACCGACGACACCCGAGGUGCAUUCUCUUGUUGAUGGGAUGACAAUAUCAAUGUUUCUGGUUAACGAAAAAUUAACCCUGAUAGCUACACCUUACUCAGUAAGGUCUGCAGUGAAACAUUUUCGAUUAAAUUAACGAGAAAGUUUCUGGCAAGCUUGGCUGGAUAAAAUACUUUCCUUUAAGUUGGCUUCUAGUUAACCUUGGCAAACACUUGGCCAAGGCGACUAAAUUAUCCCAGUUAAUUGUGUAUAUCGCAAAGUUAAAAGAAAACUCGUGUUAAUUUAAGGCAUCAAGUUAAAAUGCCUCUUAAAAAAAUUGAACGAAAUGUUCAGAAAACCGACGAUACAUGGGUAAUAAAUGAUUUAAAUCAAUAUUAUUCACUUCUAAAUCGUAGGAAGGGGAGAAUCGAAAUAGUUCAUAACUUUUCAUCUACAUUUAGAGGCUAUGUCAGCGAGUGGUGCGUCAAAGUGUGGCUUUAUAAUCAUACGUUUCCUAGAGGAAUGGGUUUAGCAUUUAGUAAUUCUGUAAACGGAUUAGUUAAUGUCACCUGUAACUUUUACCUGGUUGACAUCGAUAAAAAUUAUCACUACGUCGGACGAGUAAACCGAAAAGCUACAAAUAAUUUCCAAAUCCUUAAAGUUUUUGGAAAUCUUUUUGCUGAUUCGCGUUUACCGAGAAAAAAAGAAGAAUUGCUUCCAAACAAUACCAUGACACUGCACAUAGAACUUUUAACUUACUUAGAUGAUAAUCCUAUAUUUCCUAUUGAAAGUUUGUACUUUACUAACGUUCCCGUUGACGAUUUACCUGAAGAAUACUUGGAUUUAUAUAACCACCGAAAAAAUGGUGAUGUUAUUAUAUGGGUGCAGGAUAAUCAAUUUCCUGUGCAUGGAAUUGUUUUAAAAACAAGGUGUUCUGAAUGGUACAAUGAUGUUGCUUGUCAUCAACUAUCAUCUGGCAACAAUAACAAUAAUGAAUUAACUCUUAAGGGUAUUGAUCCAGAGAUAUUUAAAAGAGUUUUAGAAUAUAUCUAUACUGGCAAAGUCAACGACUUAGAUGAUUAUUCAGAGUAUUUACUAGAAGCUGCUGAUAAGUUUAAAUUAAUAAGACUGAAACAAAUGUGUCAAAUAUCGAUCGGCAACAACUAUUUUACUGCUAAAAAUUGUAAAGAGGUUUUCGAUUUAGCUACUCGUUGUCACGCUAUAGAAUUAAAAGAUGCCGCCGGUCUUAAUCUGACGAAGAUGAAAUACGGCGGUUUCUACGGUCUAGUAUAAAUGGUGUGUCGACUAGACGUGACAUCAGUAAAGAGCCGAUUGUUUUUAUAUUAACAGAGAUCACUUUGUUCAUUUGUAAUAUCAUUUUUGGUCAUGAAAAUUUCUAUUAUUACGAAAUGACCGAUUAAUUAGUUUACCAAUUUGUUCAUUGAACUUAACUUCUGUUUGCCUUUUUUCCGUUCGCUACAUCCUUCAAUAAAAACUCGAAUUAGCUUUCUAUUAACUUAAGAUCUGAAUUUAAAUGGAAUAUAUUUAAAGGUAUUUAUUUGACUUUUUAAUCAAUGUACCGUAUGUAAAUUGUACUUUUUUAACCGCAAGUUAAAGAAAUAAA